GAAACAGAAAAAAAAGUCAGCCAAUCAAACAAUCUGUGGCUCAGAUUCUGAAAGAAAAAAAACAACAAAUUAUCUUAUCCUCUCUCACUCUCUCUCUCUCUCUCUAUGUGGAAUUGUGGAUAAUCUACACAUCAUCUUCACCACACACACACCACACUAUGUCUUCAAAAACCAGUCAGUUUUAUUCACAAAUCACAACUGGGAGCACAAACACAGAACCUUCAUCAUCAUCACAGUAAAUAGAGCUCUGUUCCACUCUUUAGUUGUUUAAGCUGCUGCAGCCAUGGCUUCUCAUGCAGCUCUUGCUUAUUCAAGAAUCCCCACCACCACCAUCACAACAACAAAGUCCCACCACACUCAAUCCUUCUCCAAGAGAUUGGAGGUGGCUGAGUUUUCUGGGCUGAAAUAUAAUGGAUGCGUGACCUAUUCCAAAAGGGAAGCUUCUUCUUCCUUCUGUGUGGCUUCUCAGCUCACUCCCACAAUUGCAGAGCCAAAUGCCAUUAGGGAAGAAACUGCUCCCAAAUUACAGGUUGCCAUCAACGGCUUCGGACGCAUCGGCAGGAACUUCCUCAGGUGCUGGCAUGGCAGGAAGGACUCCCCACUGGAUGUUGUUGUUGUCAAUGACAGUGCUGGUGUCAAAAAUGCGGCUCACUUGCUGAAAUACGACACCAUGUUGGGAACGUUCAAAGCGGACGUACAAGUAGUUGACAAUGAGACCAUAUCGGUUGAUGGGAAGCACAUCAAGGUGGUCUCUAACAGGGACCCUCUCAAUCUCCCCUGGGCUGAUCUUGGCAUUGACAUUGUCAUUGAGGGGACUGGCGUGUUUGUGGAUGGACCAGGGGCAGGAAAGCACAUACAAGCAGGGGCCAAGAAAGUCAUAAUCACUGCACCAGCUAAAGGAGCUGACAUCCCAACCUAUGUUGUUGGUGUUAAUGAACAAGACUACUUCCAUGAUGUCUCCAACAUCAUAAGCAAUGCUUCCUGCACUACAAACUGCUUGGCUCCUUUUGUUAAGGUCUUGGAUGAGGAGUUUGGUAUUGUUAAGGGAACAAUGACAACCACCCAUUCUUACACUGGAGAUCAGAGGCUUCUAGAUGCUUCCCACAGGGACAUGAGAAGAGCCAGAGCAGCAGCGCUAAACAUAGUCCCGACCAGCACGGGCGCGGCCAAGGCGGUGUCUCUUGUCCUACCAAAGCUCAAAGGCAAACUGAACGGCAUUGCCCUGCGGGUCCCAACCCCAAACGUCUCUGUCGUCGAUCUCGUUGUGAACGUCGAGAAGAAAGGAGCCACGGCCGAGGACGUGAACGAGGCCUUCAGAAAGGCAACCAGAGGCCCUCUCAAGGGCAUUUUGGACGUUUGUGAUCUCCCACUCGUCUCGUCUGACUUCAGAUGCACCGACGUUUCAUCCACCAUCGAUGCGUCAUUGACCAUGGUGAUGGGUGAUGACAUGGUCAAGGUUGUGGCUUGGUAUGACAAUGAAUGGGGAUAUAGUCAACGGGUCGUUGACUUGGCACAUCUAGUGGCAAGGAAGUGGCCGGGCAUACCAGCAGCAGGAAGCGAAGACCCCUUGGAUGACUUUUGCAAGAGCAACCCGAGCGACGAGGAAUGCAAAGUCUACGAAGCUUAAGUACUUGUUUACGAUUCUGUGCAAAACCAAUGGUUUUAGAAGAAUGGGGUUCUCAUUGCCCCAUGAAUGGCUAUUGCUUUUUUUUUUCUGCAAAAACUGAGAAUAUGAAUUGAAGAAGUCAUGAUAUUGAAAACUGUUUCAAUACCAUUCAUUGUCUAUACUCUAAAGAUUGUGAUCCCAUAUAUGUCUGUACAAAAUGGUCUCAUCUUCUAGCACAAGAACAAGUUAUGGUUCUACCAGCUGGUUUCAAUUCUCACAAGUUAUGUAGAACAAGUUGGUGAUUUUUGCUCACCAGAAAGUGGUUUUCAGAAGUAAUAUAAUAAACUGUUUGAU